GCCAUAUUUCGUUGGUACCCCUUUAUGCUGCAGCUAUAUAAAUUAUCAGGGGAGUUCUGAUCUGUGUGAUCACACUUGCUCGUGCUUGCCCUGCAUGCAUUACAAUGGUUGCGUCCUUUAUUGAUGUUUUCAUGUGUCCAUCACAUAGACCGUAGAAAGAAGGUCCAUCAUCGCUCUGGACGUGGUGCUGAAAAGAAACCAACCCGUUUGGCCCCCGUAGCGAGUAUAUGCUGCUGCGAACGAUGGUGUGGUUUCUGUGGUUCUGCAGCAGUUGAAUUGAAUUGCACUUCAAUACAUCGUCCACUUAUUCCGAGUUUGUGAUUUUAUCUCUCAAAACCUGGACCUUGGCAGUUUAUGAAGACCCAGUGUGGACAGUAAUGACCGCACGCUCCUGGUUGCCCACUGGCAGUAACCAUAAUGUCCGCACAUCGGAGCUGGCACAAGACAGGCGGCACACAGAGGUGGUCUGUACUGUUCUUCUGCUGGAUAACACAGUUCAAGUCUUCAGAGUUAACAAGCACGAUCAAGGACAGGUCCUGCUGGAUGUAGUGUUCAAACACCUGGAGUUAACGGAGAGAGACUAUUUUGGUCUACAGCUGGCCGACGACCCCUCGGACAGCCAGAGGUGGCUGGAUCCAACCAAACUGAUUAAAAAGCAAUUAAAAAGGGGAUCUCCACACAAUUUGAACUUCAGGGUUAAAUUCUUUGUAACCGACCCCAAUAAACUUCAGGAGGAGUACACAAGGUACCAGUACUUUUUGCAGAUUAAACAGGAUAUAUUAAGUGGGAGGCUGCCCUGUCCAUACAACACUGCUGCUCUUCUUGCGUCGUAUGCUGUUCAAUCUGAAAUAGGGGACUACAAUCAGGAUGAGCACUUGCCUGGCUACCUCUCCGAAUACUCGUUCAUCCCCAACGCGCCACAGGACUUUGAGAAAGAGGUCGCCAAGCAUCAUCAGCAACACAAAGGUCUGUCUCCUGCCCAGUCCGAGUUCAACUAUUUAAACACAGCACAGACGAUAGAGCUUUAUGGAGUUGAAUUUCACUAUGCAAAGGAUCAAAGCAACACGGAGGUUUUAAUAGGAGUGAUGUCAACGGGGAUUGUGAUCUAUGAGAACAGGGUACAAAUCAGCAACUUUCCAUGGCUGAACAUUGUGAAGAUAUCGUUCAAAUGUCGACAGUUUUUUAUUCAACUCCGGAGAGAAUUGCAUGAGAACCGCGAGGCGCUGUCGGCUUUCAGCAUGGUGAACUACAGGGCCUGCAAGAACCUGUGGAAGGCCUGCGUUGAGCACCACACCUUCUUCCGACUGGACCGACCCCUGCCACCGCAAAAGAACUUCUUCACACACUACUUCCAGCUGGGCUCCAAGUAUCGCUACAGUGGCAGGACGGAGGUUCAGUCUGUGCAGUACGGCAAGGAGAAGGGUGUCAGAGACCGGGCGUUCGCUAGGUCCCCCAGUAAGCCGCUGGUGCGUAGGUUGAUUGGUGGAGGGAUGGACUGGGAAUCUGUAAGCCACACCUCCAGGGCCUCUCUGUCUGAUGAACUGCUGGAGACCCAGAGCCUGCCCACGCGCUCCCCGCCAGGCACCCCCAACCACAGGAGCUCCAUGUUUGCACAGGAGGGGACCCGCCAACGGCCUUCCUCCGUGGGACACCUUCUGGACCAUGUGAUCCACCACGACCGUGCCUCCCCCUGCAAAACCUUCUCCAAUCACAAGUCCGCUUCCUCCACCCAAGCCAACUCCAUCAGCCUGGAUUCCACUCCGUCACCUGACUCGACGGUCGACGGCCAGCCUCCUGCUCUGCCCCCUAAGCAGACCAGGGGUCACCUGUCCAGCCAGAGCCGGUCUCAGUAUCAGCAAGAGCUCGACAUCCCCGUCAGCGAUCCAUAUGACACCCCGCUUUCGGACAAGGCGAUGCCCAACGGAUUGGUUCCUCACGACAACCUGGUGUUGGUUAAAAUGUGCCCUGACGAACAGGGGCGAUUUGGAUUCAACGUGAAGGGUGGCUCGGACCAGAAGAUGCCUGUGAUCGUGUCCAGAGUGUCCCCUGGAACCGCGGCUGACCUAUGCGUUCCCCGGCUGAACGAGGGAGACCAGGUGGUUCUGAUCAACGGUCUGGACAUCUCGGAACAAACCCACGAUCAGGUCGUCAUGCUGAUCAAGACCAGUUGCGAGGAGAGUCCCUCGGGAGAGCUGAGCCUGCUGGUGCGACCGAACGCCAUGUAUGACCUGGUGGAGGAUGAGAAGCUGGAGGAUGGAGACACCGAGUCCAACUACCAGUACUCCCCAGAAAGAGCUCCCCAGGAGCAGGCCCAGCCAGACCAUGACCCGGCCAGUCUGACUGACUCCAUACUCCAGCUGAAAGAGGGUCUGAGCACUGGGGCUGUUCAGCAACAGUUUGAUCAACUCUACCGGAAAAGGCCUGGAUUGUCAAUGUCAUGCGCCAAAUUACCUCAAAACAUUUCCAAAAAUCGAUAUCGAGAUAUUUCACCAUAUGAUGCAACCCGGGUUAUUCUGAGAGGCGAGGACGGGGACUAUAUCAAUGCAAAUUACAUCAACAUGGAGAUCCCAGGGUCCGGCUUGACUAACCGCUACAUAGCGUGCCAGGGCCCGCUGCCCUCCACCUGCUCGGACUUCUGGAGGAUGACCUGGGAGCAGCGCUCUGACGUGGUUGUCAUGCUCACCACGCAGGUCGAGAGAGGACGGGUGAAGUGUCAUCAGUAUUGGCCCACCAGUGGCACCAGCGCCACCUAUGGAAGCGUGCAGGUGACCUGCGAGACGGAAGAAGGGAACACAGCGUUUCUGGUCAGAGGGAUGACCCUUAGACACCCUGAGACUGGUGAGAGUAGGCCACUGACCCAGAUCCAGUACAUGGCCUGGCCCGACCACGGCGUCCCGGAUGAUUCCACUGACUUCCUGGAUUUGGUCAGCCUGGUCCGCAGCAAGAGGGAGGUCAAGGAGGAGCCUGUGAUAGUACACUGCAGGUAAAACCCGGUUCCCUCUCUCUCUCUAUCCUUGUUGGGAGCCGGAGACAAAAUAUGGGGAUAAAUUCCCUAACCUUCACCGAAACCAAAACCUUAAUGCCUAAAUGUAACCCUAAGGCCUACACCCUAGUGCCACCCAAAUUCUAACACUGUCUUUUUCUGUCCCGUCUGGGAUUUGUAGUACAUUUGUGGUAAAACCAGGAUCACACACAAAUACACCUUAACAAAUGAGCCAUCUACGUCUUCCAAGGAAUCCUAUAGUGCAUCACACAAUAAAUGUGUGGCAGUGUAAGUACCUAAACAUCUGCCUGUUAACUUGAAGAAAAGCAAUGUUGCAUGUUGUUGUAGCAACAGCAGUUAAAGGCUAAGUAGAUGAGUUUGAGUUCCCUCCUCCCCGUUUGGUUCAGGGCAUGUCCUCUUCCCUCAUGGCUGCCUCACUCAGCCUCAGCCUCACUCUCAUCCCUUCCUGCCCCUUUCCCUCUGUGCCUCU